AUGAAUCAAAGAAGGACUUUUUCUGAAGAUAAAAAUCAAUCAAACCUUCACACCAGUGGACAGAGGAACAGAAGUAAAGACAAUCUGCUGGUGAAUGCUGAACUUGAUGAUGGAUAUUGUUAUUAUGGACAUUUUCAUAGUGACGGUACCCAUCAGACUCGUCAGAAUCUGGCAAAGAGCAGGAGGCAGGCUACACGUGGGGCAGCCUAUAUGUUCAACGCUCACCCCAACAGCCUGACACCAGUAGAGGAGCGCUUCCUUGAUGCAGCUGAAUAUGGAAACAUUCCUGAGGUGAGACGCAUGCUGGAGGAGAUUCCUGGCCUGGAUGUAAACUGUGUGGAUUAUAUGGGUCAGAAUGCUUUACAGCUGGCCGUAGCAAACGAACACCUCGAAGUUACUGAACUUCUGCUGAAAAAAAACAACCUGUCUCGGGUCGGGGACGCCCUCCUUUUAGCUAUUAGUAAAGGCUACAUCCGAAUUGUGGAGGCCAUCCUGUCCCACAAGGCCUUUGCUGACUCCAGAAGGCUAACGGCUAGCCCACGGGAGGCUGCCAUGCACGACGACUUCUUUGCAUAUGAUGAAGACGGGACUCGAUUUUCUCAUGACGUUACGCCAAUCAUCCUGGCAUCUCACUGCCAUGAAUAUGAGAUCGUGCACAUCCUGUUGGUGAGGGGUGCUCGUAUCGAUCAGCCUCAUGACUACUUCUGUGCCUGUGAUACCUGCAAUUAUCAUCAGAAGUACGACUCCUUCAGUCACUCCUGCUCACGAAUCAAUGCCUACCGAGGUCUGGCCAGUCCAGCUUACCUCUGUCUGUCCAAUGAGGAUCCAGUACUGGCUGCGUUAGAGCUCAGCAAUGAACUCGCCUGUCUGGCAAACAUUGAGAAGGAAUUUAAGAAUGAUUACAGGAAACUCUCCAUGCAAUGCAAAGACUUUGUAGUUGGACUUCUGGAUCUGUGUCGAAACACUGAGGAAGUGGAAGCCAUUUUGAACGGAGAGGAGGACGAGACGUGUGAAUUACCCGGGCGGCCAAGUCUCACCCGACUAAAUCUGGCAAUUAAGUAUGAACUAAAAAAGUUUGUUGCACAUCCUAACUGCCAGCAGCAGCUUCUCUCAAUUUGGUACGAGAAUCUACCUGGAUUGAGACAGCAGACCACAGCCAUUAAGUUGUUGGUGGUCUUGGGUGUUGCAGUUGGGUUGCCUAUUUUAUCCAUAGUGUACCUGGUGGCACCAUUUAGUAAGCUGGGAAAGAUCAUGCGAGGCCCGUUCCUCAAGUUUGUGGCUCAUGGAGCAUCUUUCACUAUUUUUCUGUGCUUGCUGGUCUUCAACGCAGCCGAUCGUUUUGACGGAACCAAACUGUUACCAAACAUGACUGUACACGACUACCCGACACAGCUGUUCCGCAUGAAAACCACAACAAUGACCUGGAUGGAGAUGCUCAUUAGCUUCUGGGUUAUAGGGAUGAUCUGGGCAGAGUGCAAAGAGAUUUGGUGUCAGGGUCCUAGAGAGUACCUCCUCGAACCAUGGAACAUGUUGGAUUUUGGAAUGUUAGCCAUUUUUAUAGGCUCAUUUGUCACGAGGAUUAUGGCCUUCUGGCAUGCAUAUGAAGCACAGAGUUAUGUUGAUAAACAUUACACAGAUAUAACAAAUGUAACUUUACCUCGGGAGGUGCAGUACUUUCAACUCGCUCGUAUUUACUGGCUGCCCUCAGAUCCACAGCUCAUAUCAGAAGGACUCUACGCCAUUGCCGUGGUUUUAAGCUUCUCUCGGAUUGCGUACAUCCUCCCAGCCAAUGAAAGCUUCGGACCACUGCAGAUCUCUUUAGGACGAACCGUGAAAGACAUCUUCAAGUUCAUGGUCAUCUUCAUUUUGGUCUUUCUGGCCUUUAUGAUUGGGAUGUUUAACCUCUAUUCGUAUUACCUGGGUGCUAAACAGAAUGAGGCCUUUACCACCAUAGAAGAAAGCUUCAAAACGCUGUUUUGGGCGAUUUUCGGACUCUCAGAGGUGAAAUCUGUGGUGGUAAACAAUGGGCACAAGUUUAUAGAGAACACAGGCUACGUUCUGUAUGGAGUGUACAACGUCACCAUGGUCAUCGUCCUGCUCAACAUGCUCAUUGCCAUGAUCAACAGCUCCUUUCAGGAAAUUGAGGAUGAUGCAGACGUGGAGUGGAAAUUUGCCCGUGCCAAACUCUGGUUCUCCUAUUUUGAGGAAGGCAGGACUCUCCCUGUACCGUUCAACCUGGUGCCCAGUCCAAAGUCUUUGCUCGGGAUGAGCCUAGGGCUGAAGAAACUUCUGCUGAAAGUCAUCCACAAACACAAGAACAUGAUGAAGAGCGAGGCAGAACUCAGUGAGUUAGGAGGCAAAGUCAACAGAUCUACAAGUCAGCGCUAUCAGAAGAUAAUGAAACGUCUGAUCAAGCGCUACAUCAUCAAAGCUCAAGUGGACAAAGAGUUUGAUGAAGUUAAUGAGGGUGAACUAAAGGAAAUAAAGCAGGACAUUUCUAGUUUGCGCUACGAGCUACUGGAGGAAAAGGCGCAUCACAUGGAGAGGAUGGCUCAGCUUAUCAGCAAACUUGAAAAACACGCCUGUUUGAAUAAGGAGUGAGGGUUUAGUGUCAGUGUUGUACAAUGUGAAAUUCUUAUCAG